UUUGUCGCCGACAUCCACGAGCGCCAGCCCGGCGACGUGAAACCUCCGUCUGCCCCGACCCGAAAGGCCACCUCCACCACCGGCUUUCCCGCCCACAAGAAGCGCACUCGUCCGUCUGCCUUUAAGCGCCAGCGCGACGCCGCUGCCACUACCAAUACAAACGUGCCGACUGUGCCGCUACCUCAGCCCAAGCCCUCGACUGCACCACAGCAUGGCGAAAGCUUCGACGAGGUCGAGCGUAGGCGCAUCGACGCCGAAAACAAUGAGAGACUGGCUGCCAUGUCGCCAGAGGAGAUUGAACAAGAGCGUCAAGAACUCUUCUCCGGCUUGAAUCCUGCGCUAAUCGAGAGGCUCCUCAAGAGAGCCAACCUCGACCAUGGCAGCAAUGAGACCUCUUUUGAGACCUCUUUCCCUACAACGACUGAUCCUCCACAGAAAGCCGAGACAGAAGACAACGAAACUAAGCCACCAAAACCAAAGAAGACUGUCGCUUUUGCAGAACCCGAAGAACCUUCUACAGAGCCUUCACCAACUGCACCCAAAGAUGCGCCAGAUGCCGACACCCCGCCCUCGCUCGCAGACCAACUGCCUCCCGCGCCGUCAGUCCACUGGCCGCGCCCACCAUCUCUCCCCGACCUCGACCCCUCCUCCCCCAACUUCCUCGCCGACCUGCACGACAAAUACUUCCCCGAGCUCGACGCCGACCCCAGCACCCUCGCCUGGGCAGCACCGCUCCCCACCCCCAACUCCACCGCAGACCGACAAUCGCCAUACCACCCAUCGCUGCGGGCCCUCGCGGCCAGCGACCUUCGCUUCGCCUUCAGCGGGGCGCUCAUCCCGCCUAGCGCCGCGCGCGACCUGCCCGUCACGCUGGGCCUGCACCACCACGGCGAGGCGCCCGAGGCCGCGGGCUACACGAUACCGGAGCUGGCGCUGCUGGCGCGCAGCAAGGUGCCCGCGCAGCGGUGCAUGGCGUACCAGACGCUGGGGCGGAUACUGUUCCGGCUGGGGCGCGGCGAGUUUGGCGUCGAGGGCACGAUCGAGGUCGAGGGCCCCGAUGCGAUCGAGGAGGGCCAUGCCGAGCGCGUCGCUGCUGCUGCUGAGGGCGAUGCGGCGGAGCUGGCACGCGGGCUGUGGGAUUGCGUCGAGGCGAAUCGCGUCGUCGAUACGCUUUCCGAGGAGGUUAAUCGCAUCAAUGGCCAUUUGACUGCCAAGGCGUUUGCGGAGGAGGCGCUGUGGAAUUGGCGCAAGGGCGGUGGGCGCAGGAGGAAGGCCGUGUAG